GUUGUUUCUGAGUCAACACACAGAACAGAAACGCCCUCUACAGCAAAUGGGCUCCUGAGAGGAAGAAGUCAUUUCCGGUGAAGAGAGUCGAAUAUUUCCGGGUUGUACAGCAACAUGGCGGCGCCCUUAGGUCUGCACCUGGAGUUUGGAGGAGGGGCUGAACUUCUCUUUGAUGGGGUCAAGAAUCAUCAUGUGACACUCCCUGGCCAAUCAGAUCCCUGGGACAUGAAACAGCUGCUUGCUUGGAUCCGAGGGAACAUGCUAAAGGAGCGCCCAGAGCUCUUUAUGCAGGGCGACACUGUACCUGGGAUUCUCGUAUUGAUCAACGACGCAGACUGGGAACUGAUGGGUGAACUGGAGUACCAGCUUCAGGACCAGGAUAAUGUUGUCUUUAUCUCCACACUUCAUGGAGGCUAACAGACUUUAAAUCAACACCACGCCCAUACAGGAGCCCCUCCACCCUUCAAUAGGUCAGAAAUCAGUUGAUCCAUCAACAACGGCAUCGGUGACCGAUUUCAAUCCCAGCCACGGGCUUCUCGACCAAUCCUGUGAAAAGACUUAUUUUGAUUUUAUUUCUAUUGAUUUUAAGUCUAAUAAAGUGUAACAUCAUUGGGAAUCUGGCUGUGGAGGGGCGUUCACUGUGCCCUGUACCUUACAGGAGCGUGGCAGGGUUAGGAUGGGGAGCAAGGGCUCAUUAGGAAGGUCACUCUGUCUAGCCAGUGUCCAGAUGGAUUCUCCUGAGACGUGGUGGACCGGUUGCCCCAUGUCAAAUGGCUCAGUUAUCAUUUUCAUUCAUUUUCUUUUCGAAGCCUUUAGAGUCAUCUAUUGUAUGUUAACUAUGCAAAUCCGUAUUUUUUUAUUUUUUACCUGAAAUUAUUUUUUUUAAAUGGUCACAGUAUUGUUUUAUUUGUGAUUUUAUAUGUAGUGCAAAAAUGCAAAUCCAAAUUCAUGUUGUUAGUACUUAAAUAAAGAUAUCUACAAUAUG